GUAGUUCUAACGUGUUUCGAUUAAGAAAGAAAUAUACAACUGUGAGUACUGCCGUCAUGAUGAAAAUAUUUAUUGGGGUAUUGUUGAUACUAAAUUCAAGUGUUGCUACUAGACUUAUAACCUCAGACGCACUUCAAAGUUUAUUUGUAAAAGUAGUAAAGAACGAAACAACAGACGCUGACUUGAAAACGAUUCAAGAUGUUUUCGAAAUCUACAGACCAGCUUCCACUGCAUUUGAUGUGACAUAUGAAACAAAUAGUAGAUCGGGCGUUCUCUGUCUAAUAUGCAGUGGUGCAUUUGCUGUACUGAAAUAUCUCGUUCAGGAAGGAAACACUGAUGAAAAUAUUAUAGAAACCUUGACACCUCUUUGCAAUAUAAUUUUAAUAAUUAGUUAUAAAAGUUGCUUAGGAAUUAUCAGAUUAAAUAUCCCUAUAAUAUCACACAUAAUGAGGACAACGCCGGAGGCCGCGCCUAGAACAUUUUGUGGGCUACUGUUACAAAAUGCCGAUGAUCCGAACACCUGCACUUUCAACGAUCCUAGGUUUGAAUGGACAAUCGAUUUACCUGAAAAUAUUUCAAUAAAAGAUGGUACAGCAAGUGAUUAUUUAAAGAUUUCUACCAAAAGCAAUAGUCCAUUGACAAUAGCUCUGAUCACGGACACUCACGUCGAUCCCUUAUAUGAGGCUUAUGGUGUUGCUGAUUGUAGCGAGUUGACUUGCUGUAGAAAAGGCCAAACUCCACGAUCACAUGAUUAUAACACUGAUAUAGCAGAUUCAGUCUUUAGGGAUCGGAUAUUUGAAAUUGGAGAUGACUUUAUAUUGGAUUUAGAUCUAGCAAAAGAUAUUAGAAAUUUAUCAAAUACCAAAGGAAGGACUAGAAAUUCCCCGCCAGCUGGAUAUUGGGGAGACUACAGGCAUUGCGAUACGCCGCAAUGGGCGUUUGAUGAUAUCAUUGAAACAGUUUCGAAACACAAGGAUAUUAAUAUUGUUUAUUAUAUGGGAGAUAAUAUCGACCAUCACAUAUGGGAAACAACGUACGAACUUAUCAAUGAAGUUAACAUGUACAUUAUCGACAAGAUGAAAAAAGAAUUUGAUGAUGUUUUAAUUUUACCUUGUAUUGGAAAUCACGAAUCUCAACCUACGAACCAAUUUGCACCAAGUUCAAUUAAAGGAGACAAGCUAAACACGACAUGGCUGUACGAAUCCUUUGCUAGUAAAUGGAAUAUUUAUUUGACAGAGGACGCUAAGGCUACUGUGCGAGAACACGGUGGCUUCUCUAUGCUAGUCAGACCGGGUUUACGAGUUAUUUCUAUUAAUAACAAUAUUGCUUACAAAUAUAAUUGGUGGCUAGUCUACGAUCCAUUAGAUUCUAAAAGGCAUUUAGAAUGGCUUGUUCGCGAGUUACAUAAAGCGGAAUUAGCUGGUGAAAGCGUCCAUAUUCUGGCUCACAUUCCGCCUGGAGUCCAAGACCUCAUAUAUACAUGGACAAGAGAAUACAACAGAGUCGUUACUCGUUUCUCGCGAACAAUCAAGGGAGAAUUCAACGGUCACUCACAUUCUGACUUAUACAAGAUAUUCUACAGCACAGAAAACGGGUCACCCAUUAAUAUGGCGUGGGUAACCGGCAGUGCUACUGCUUAUUCGUACUACAAUAUGAACUAUAAAAUAGCUACAUUCGAUACAACAUCCUUUGAACUGAAUAAUAUUGUGAACUACGUAUAUAACCUCACCGAAGCGAACCUCACGCCACAUAGAAGACCGCACUGGUUCCAACUUUACGAUAUGAAAAACAGUUUCGGAAUAAACGACCUAUCAGCUUCUACUAUUAAUGAUUUAACGUAUGACAUGGUGACAAAUAAACUAGACAUAUUAGAUCUUUAUUCAGCAUUUUUCUCGAAAGUUAGUGACGAACGAUGGCCAAAUUGCGAUAGUAAUUGUAAAAUUAACAUUAUAUGCAAAAGCGUUGUGACAGUUCUGUGGGAGCGUAAAAAGUGUGACGAACUACGCGAGCUGUAUUUUAAACGGUAAAUAAUUCUAAUUAAUAAAUAACAUGUAUCAAAUGAGUA